AACAGAGUCCUCAUCGGCUCGGGUCAAUCUUCUUUGGCACAUUGUUUGACCAACUCAACCAUUUACUUGCCAGGUCACUCACCUUUUACUUCUUCAUCGAUUUUGGGUAAAAAUGAGUUCCUGGUUUUUCUUUUCAGUGGUUGUUAUUUCUAUAUUCUCGAUACUCCUCAGUAUUUAUAUUCAUAAACCCGAUUUUCCACCACUUGAAAUUGAUCCUGAUGACUAUUGGAAGCUUGAUGAUCCUGAAAAGGAUGAUGACACUAUUUAUUCGUUUACAAUUGAUAUUAAGGAAUCAGAAGUGUCAAAUUUCAAGGAAAAAUUGGAAUCUGAGAGAUUUUUGCCAACUCUUUACGAUACAAACUACGACAAUUAUUUGAACGAAUUGAAACAAGUACUUUUGGGAUUUAAUUGGAAACAACAUCAACACUUUUUAAAUACUUUCAAACAGUAUAAAACCGAAAUUGAAGGCCUUAAAAUUCAUUUUCUCCGUGUCUCAACUCCACCGAAAGAUAAAAAAUCAAGAGUUGUACCUUUAUUAAUUUUUCAUGGAUUUCCAGGAAGUUUUUGGGAUUUCUUCAAGAUUAUUCCAAUUCUCACAAAUCCAUCUCGCCAUGGUUUUGACUUCGGCGUUGAAGAAGCAAUUCAAUUUGAAGUUAUUGUACCAAGUCUUCCUGGAUUUAUUUUUUCUGACAAACCAACUAAACAAGGUUUCAAUGCAAUUGCCACUGCAAGAAUCAUUGCAAAACUAAUGUAUCGUUUGAAUUUGAACAAUUACUUUGUGCACGGAACUGAAGGUUACGGUAGUGACGUAGCAACUUUAUUGUCGUCUCUGUACCCGACAAGAAUUGCUGGAUUGCAUUUGUCAAACCCAUUUGUCAAUCCAACAUUUUCAACGUUCACUCUAGCAAAAUAUGCAUUGAAAGCUAUGGGCCAAAAGGAUGAAGACAGAGAAAACCAGGAAAACCGGGAAACCGGUAAAGACAAUAGAGAUCAAAUGACAGAUUUAGCAGACUAUUUUAAACAGGACAAAUUUGCUUAUCCAACUAAUUCACAAGCUUUUGGUGCUGCUUUUCUUAACUCUCCAUCAGGAACUGCCAAAUAUAUCGAAUCUCGGUGGAAGCAAUUAUCCACGUUUUUUGCGGAAACUAAUCUAAAUGAAUUGUUCACUAUGGAUGAAAUAGCAACUGAAAUCUAUCUCUACUGGUUAACUGAUACUUUACCUUCUGCUCUCACUAUUUUAGACAGUAGUUUCAAUUUUGAAAGUGUGUGGUUGAGUUCUCAAGUCCGGAUACCAACUGCUGUGAGCUAUUCAAAACAAACACCUUGGAGAUGCUCGAAAGAUAUAUUGGAAGAUAGAUAUUUGAAUUUGACAAGAAUAUCUGAAUUGCCGAAAGGUGGAAUGUUUCAUCAUCUUCAAGACGGGCACAAAAUUGCCGAAGACAUAUUUUCAUUUGUUGAACUUCAAUUGUUGCAUAAAAAUAACUAAUUGUGAGACAAUUUUUAUUGCGAUUGUUAUAAAAUUAUUUGGUAU